UCCUAAAGCGUUUCAAAUACUGCCGCACUUCUUCUGAUCUGGUAAUGACAAGAUCACCAGAAUGGACAGCAAGCUUUAUUUUAUCAAAUAUAGUGCGUUCGAUUUACUUCUAAAUGGGGGUAAUGGCUGGGGCAAGAGGAUAGAUGGUGAGUAUCCAUUGACCAAGAACAGUCAAGUUGCCAGGUUCCAAGGCGUUUCCAUCCAAUGUUCAUGUGCCGUUCCGGUAUUGGCGUGCUUGUUUGCUUGCUUGCUUCUUUGGUUACCGACUGGAUGCGACGCCAUUCAAGCCACGUACUAGCUCCAACCCCACCAGCGAGUCUCACCGUUUUGGAAAGGAAGUUAUGCAAAAGUCAACGCAAACGGUGCGUUUAUCAGCAAAGUUCAUCCUCUCCUUUUUUUAUUGUUGACUGGGCCCAUCCCAUCUAUAGUGUGGAGAGAGGGAAUCAGCCUUCAUAAGUGACCUAACGAGUUAACAGACGAUUGACUUAUUAUACCGUGCCUCUACUUGAGGGGACCCUGUAUCCCGAUCGGAUACCGUAGAAUAAAGUGUAGCUGCUUCUGAAUCAGCCCUUUUUUCCUUAUCUGCCGGUCGGCCGGUGCUCUGAUGAUAGCGUCAGAAAGCUUUCAAUCGGGGGAGAAGCUUUGCUUGUUGAUUUUUUUCACGCGAAGAAUCCAAAUUAUAUGAAAAGAAAUGCAAAGAAA